AUGCCUCGUCUCGUGCGGCGCAAGCCGCUUGUCGAGAGGCUCAUGGCCAUGCUGAACCCCAUGGACUUUUUGCUCUGGCUGUCCGAGGAGAUGGAGACGUGGGACUGGGAGUCGAAGCUGUCGGGGACGCAGCUGGGUAUCAUGCUUAACUUUUUGUUUCUGAUCGCCCGUGCCAACUCUGGCUCGUCGGCGUCGUCGGGCGACGAUAUUUUCAGCGACGAUGGCCGCUCGGGAUGGUUGGCAUUCUUGAUCAACACCAUCGUCUGGGGCCUCGUGGGUGUCUCGUGCGCCAAUGCCUUCCACGCCUUGACGCGCACUCGCAAGUACCGCCUGUUUGGUGUCGACGUCGAGGCCAAGCCGCCGACCCCGUCCGCCCGACGUGUCAAGAUAGCGUCUUCCAUGGGCAGCGGUGUCUCUACCCUGCGCUACCUGGCCGACGCCGUUAUGCCCCACGCCGCGGGCUCCCGCGCCCACCCCAACAAGGCCGAUGAUGUGUGGGAGUUGUCAGUCUGGGACCCGUUGCCCGUGUCGCUUCGGCUCUUCUGCCUUUUCAGCCCGGGCCACGUCUUCUUCUACCUCAUCUUCCUGCCUCUGGAACCUCUACACCCGCGCCCCAGCGUCACCGUCUUCAACACGCUGCUCGUCGAGCUGGUCCUCUCAUGCCAGCUCCUCUUUACCUGCUCUCGUUUUACCCAGCAGGCUAAGGACAACAACAUCGUCCAGAGGGAGGUGAUGCAUGAAUACGACACUAAGUUUGUCCACCCUCGCCUCCACCCUAUCGUCAGGGAUGCUGGUACACAGAUAUCGGACAACCCAUCCGCUCCGGUCAAGGAUCUCGUCCAGGUCGGCACACCGACGACGCUCAUCCGUCACUCGUUUCGCUCUAAGCCGAACCCCUACGCGACACCCUCCGAGCUACCAGCCACCGCCGCUGGCACCCCGACCACCGUCGGCACUCCUGCUCCGCAGACGUACACGCCCACCAACCCUGUCCGCCGGUCCGAGGCAUUUGCCUCGUCAGUCGACCACUCCCGUCUGUCUACUUGGCGUAAGAGCCUGCCGGCGGGGUACACGUCGAGCGCGACAUCGAUAAGGGGAGGGAUCCCGGGAUCGGCAAUGAAGGGCGACCUCAACAACCUUGGCGGCUACCUGGGCGCUCACACGCACAACGAAUCGCCCCUGCGCAAGGCCACGAGCCUGUACAACAUCGACGACGUCGAACAGCAACCCUCCCCGCGCAACUCGCGCGAGAUGGCCUCCUACGAGCAAAGACGCCAGGGGACACCCGCUAGGAAGCAUUCCGUCUCCGAGACCCCCGGGUCUGCUAGGCCUAAUCCCUUCGCUUUAAAUGCCAAUGUCAGGCAGAGAUCGUCACAUGACAAAUACCCGUCUGCGCGGCAAUGA